AUGACCCAACAAAACAAAGACUGGAGCGCAAGCCAAUACCUCAAAUUCGAAAACGAACGCACCCAGCCCGCCCGAGAUCUCCUCUCGCAUGUGCCCCUGACAGCCCCAAAAAGAAUAAUCGACUUGGGCUGCGGCCCAGCCAACUCAACAACAGUCUUGGCAAACAAAUACCCAUCAGCAACAAUCACAGGACUAGACUCAUCGCCCGACAUGAUCGAGCGUGCAAAGAAAGUCCUCCCAGACCGGGAAUUCUAUGUCGCAGAUUUAAGCACCUACACGCCAGACCCAGCCAAACCAGUGGACCUCUUCUUCUCGAAUGCGGUGUUCCAGUGGCUGAAAGCUGAUGAUCGUAUUGCGGUUAUUAAGCGGCUGCUAGAACCACAGCAAUCGGGUGCGGUGUUUGCACUCCAAGUCCCGCAUAAUUUGAAUGAGCCUUCGCAUAUCUCCAUGGGUGAGACUGCUGCUGAUGGUCCGUGGGCGGACAAACUAGCUGGUAUACAGAGAGAUGGGUUUCAGUCGCCGCAGGAACUUUAUGAUCUGGUCAAGCCGUUUUGUAGUCAGGUUUCGGUUUUUGAGACGAGUUAUUAUCAUUCGCUUGAGAGUCACGAGGCUGUUAUUGAGUGGGUUGAAGGGACUGGGUUGAGGCCGUUCUUGGAUCCGUUGGAGGAUGGUGAGAAGGAGGCUUUCUUGAAGGGUUACUUGAGACGCUUGCAGUCGGCAUAUCCUGUUUCCGUUGAUGGGCGGGUGUUGUUGAAGUAUCCGCGGUUGUUUAUGGUUGCUGUGAAAUGA